AUGACAUCAAGGCUUUGUGUUUAUGCUUUAGAUGGGAAAUGUGUGAAUGACUGUGGAGUUGGCUUCUACAGCGAUGAGAUCACAGCAGAAUGUGAACCAUGUCACAGGACCUGUGCAACAUGCGAAGGGUUCAACUAUAAUGACUGCACUAGCUGUAAAGGAACUUUGGAAUUAUUCCAUGGAAAGUGUGUGAAGCCCAGAAGCAAGCAAACAGAUGGGAAAUUCUGGAAUGAGAGACAGAAGCUGCACAUCUCAAAUGGCUUCGGCUCUGCCAACCUGAAAUACCGCCUUCUCCUUUAUGUUCAUUCGCAAUCCUUGCAGUCAACCGAGAACGAUCUCUUGAUUGUACCAUCUGUGUACCGAGUCCAGGCGAAAAGGGCAGUGAGAGAGGUGUUCUCGGUGGCUGCUCCACAGUUGUGGAAACCCCUUCCCCUGAAAGUUCACCAAACUCAAAGCCUGAACACUGUUCGGAAGAGAUGGAAAUUUCUUUUUGAUGGGUUCUGUAUCCACACUUGUCCACAAGGAACAUUUGGAAAUAUGAAAAUGAGAAAGUGUGAAAACUGUACAGAAAACUGUGAAAAAUGCAUCAGAACCAACCAUUGUCUGAAGUGUCAAUCUGAUUUAGAUGAGCCACACUAUUUGUACCAAGGCAAAUGCCUCCUGGAGUGUCCUGAGGGCUUUUUUGCUGAAGAUGGGAUUUGCACAGUGUGCAGCCAACUCUGCAAGACGUGUAAAGGAAAUGCCACCUGGUGUCAGUCCUGUGAAACUCCCUUGUUCCUAGAGCAAUCAGAGUGUAAACAUGCCUGCUCAGAGAAGCACUUUGCUGCUGAUGGAGUUUUGUGUGAACCUCCAUUUUUCCUGCACAAUCAGAGCUGUUUGCACGAUUGCCCAUCUGGCUUCUUUGAUGACACCAUCCGCUGUUUUCAGUGUCAUGAAAGCUGUGAAGAAUGUGAAGGGCCAGAUUCUGAUGACUGCACAAAGUGUCUUGAAGACACUUUUGUUCUAUAUAAUAAUGAAUGCAUCGAUGAAUGCCCAGAAGGCACUUACUAUGAAGAAAAGAGAAAAGCCUGUCAAGAGAUGAAAGAAAAUGUUAUCCUUGCCACAAGAACUGUGAGACUUGCAGUGGAAGACACAGCAGACAAUGCCUGUCCUGCCACCCAGGUUGGUACAGUCAAGAGCAUGGAUGUGUACGCAUCUGUACAACUGGAAGUGAUCAGAGAUAAAUUUAUCUUUUCUUUCAGUGCAAGAUUUUGCUUCUUUUUUGUCUAUUUUAGGUAUUAUCCAAAUGAAUUCACUAGUUCUUGUGAGAAAUGCCACAAAACUUGUAAGGAAUGUAUGGGGCCUGAAAACACAGACUGUCUGUCCUGUGAUGCAUAUUUAUUUCUGCUGCCCUCCAAGAAUGAAUGUCAGAUCUCCUGCCCUGAACAUUACUUUGAAAACUAUAAUAAAAAUACCUGUGAGCGGUGUCAUCCAACCUGCAGUUCUUGCAGUGGAAAGGGAGCACUCAGCUGUACAUCCUGUGUGUGGAGUCAUCGUUUAGCUGGUGGAAUCUGCUACUCAGAAUGCUUUGCAGGAGAAUACAAAAUCUCAGAGGAGGACCCACGAAGAUGUGAAAAAUGUCAUGAGACUUGUACUGAGUGCAAGGGAUUUGGUCCUCUUAACUGCACUAUCUGUCCUCCUAAUACUCAACUCUAUCUGGAUGAAAGUCGUUGUGUGCCCUGCUGUAAGAGUUAUGAGCAUGAAGAAACUGAAGGGUGUUGUGAUUGCAGUGAAAUCCAAGAUGAGUGUAUACUACACACCAGUAUGAAACUACCUGCUGAAAAUAAAAGAAAAACUGUAGCUUUGGUUGUUGCCUCAUCCAUUUUGUUGAUUCUCACCUCUGGAGCUAUUGUUUUCAUCUGGAAAAGGUCACGAACCAAACUCAAGCCAGUUAACCAAGGUGGAUAUGAAAAGCUGGUAGACAACACAAAGACUGCCACUUCUUUCAAAAGUAAUCACCACCAAAGCACCAGUUACCUAGAAGAUCAGAUGAUAGAGUACAAAGAUCGAGAUGAUGAUGACGACGACGACGACGAUGACGAUAUUGUCUACAUGGGCCAAGAUGGCACAGUUUAUCGUAAAUUUAAAUAUGGACUCCUGGAGGAUGAUGCAGAAGAUGAACUGGAGUAUGAUGAUGAAAGUUACUCCUUUAGAUAACCUUUGGUUAGAGCACAUGUAAAAUACUGUAAGAUCCUUAUGAUGAACUCUGUAUAAGCUCAGACUAUUACAUAACAAUGAUUUACUUACAUAUCUGUACCUAGUGUGAUAAAAAUUCUCCUUGCCACUUUGCAGGAGAAUCAGACAAUAAGUGUAUUGAGUCAUUACAUGCACACCAGAAUGUUACUACUUGAUAACUGGUUGUCUGUACCCACUGAGAAAUGGUUUAAAUAUGAUCUUUCUUCUAUACUUUUUCCAUUAAAUUAAGUCAGUUCUAAAGGCCACAAGUAAUGCCUGAGCUAAAUUAGAUGGUUACAUUCCUCCUGAAUUAAGAUAACUUUCACUUUGUGCCUAUAUUCUGGACACGUGGCAUAUCCUUCUAUUCACUUACCAGGGCUGUAUUCACUUUGCCACUUAUUUUAUGGGGCAUAAUGAAACAACUCAGAAAAGUCUUGGGACUAUCCAGCUGUUAGCAGUCAAAGAUCUAUGAAUACAGUGCAUUCAGAAAAUAGGUACUCUGAUCCAUACACAAAUGAAGGAAUAUGCAUCAAGGAAUGUAACAUCCACUCAUACAAUGUACACAUAUAGUCUUUAUUAUUCAUUAUGAUUGUUGGGUAUAUUUGAGUAAAGUCAGAUACCAUACA